AUGGUGUUUAAGGAUAAAGCGUCGGACCUUCCAAUAUACAACAAUCGUUUUCGUCCCAGACGACCUUCUCGGGGCUUGAUCCGAGGAAUCUUCAUUGGAGCGGUGAUCCUACUAUUAAUAUGGGGAUUUCUUCAAAGAAAGACAAAAUUCAACUUUCUGAUCCAGGAAAAGGCCGUCUUGACUGAGGACUAUGAUCUAUAUACUGUGACAAAAGAUGGGGUCCAGAAAGUCGAACCGCAGGAUGCUGCAACAGAUGAAGAAGCUGAAAGAAUCUACAAAGAAACGGUGAGUUUCUACGAUUUGAAUGACUACCAAGGCACCACCAGGGGCGAGUCUGCCAACGAGGUAGUGUUGUUUUUAAUGCCCCUUAGAAACGCUGAGCACGUUUUACCCAUGGCUUUUCAAAACAUCAUGAACCUUACGUACGACCACUCGUUGAUUGAUAUUGCAUUUUUGGUUUCCGACUGUUCUCCUGGCGACACCACGUUGGAAUCCGUAUUCAAAUACUCCAUUUCUUUGCAGAACGGCACAUUGGCAGACGAACUUUUAAUGGCAGAACAGGACAAGUUGAAAAACUCAGUGAAAGGAACAAAUGACUUGUACGAGAACUACAUGGACCAGGCAUACAUGGAGAACGUUAGAAAGGCUUACAACUCCCCGGAGACAUGGCACAAGGGCUAUAGAACACCAUUUCGGUCGGUUUCCAUUUACGUCAAGGACUUUGGUCAGGUAAUUGGCCAGGGAUUCAGUGACAGACACGCGGUGAAAGUGCAAGGGAUCCGUAGAAAACUAAUGGGCAGAGCGAGAAAUUGGCUCACAGCCAGUGCUUUGCAACCUCACCAUUCGUGGGUUUACUGGAGAGACGUUGAUAUCGAAACGUGUCCCGGGUCAGUUAUCCAAGAUUUGAUGAAGUUCGACUAUGAUGUCAUGGUUCCCAAUAUCUGGAGGCCGUUACCGAGCUUUUUGGACAAUGAGCAGCCGUACGAUCUCAACUCGUGGGUCGAAUCAGACGCUGCUCUUGAACUCGCCAAGAAACUCGACGAGGACGAUGUUAUCGUGGAAGGUUACGCCGAAUACCCGACAUGGAGAGUGCAUUUGGCGUACUUGCGAGAUGCCAACGGCAAUCCCAACGAGGUUCUUGACCUAGAUGGUGUGGGUGGUGUUUCUAUACUUGCAAAAGCAAAAAUCUUCAGACAGGGCGUUCAUUUCCCAGCAUUUACAUUUUUGAACCACGCAGAGACCGAGGCAUUCGGAAAGAUGGCAAAGAAGAUGGGCUUCAAAGUCGGCGGGUUACCGCACUAUACUAUCUGGCACAUCUACGAGCCGAGCGAGGAUGACUUGAAGAAAAUUGCCGCCAUGGAGAGGCAAAAGAGGCGUCAGAAGGGCGGUUAG